CGGGAGCCAUGGCCGCGGAUCCUGAGAGGGGGGCGCCGCGCGUGCUUUUCACGGACUGGCUUCUAGACGCAGUCAGCAGCGGCCGCUACGAGGGGCUGCGGUGGCUGGACGCGGCCCGCACGCUCUUCCGCGUGCCCUGGAAACACUUCGGGCGAAAGGACCUGGGUGAGGCUGAUUCCCGCAUCUUCAAGGCCUGGGCCGUGGCCCGCGGCAGGUGGCCGCCCAGCAGAGGUGCAGGAGACCUGCCGACUGCCGCUGAGGGCCCACUGCGCGCCGGCUGGAAAACCAACUUCCGCUGCGCCCUGGAGAGCACGAAGCGUUUCUUGAUGGUAGACGACAACUCGGGAGACCCCACUGACCCGCACAAGGUGUUCGCACUCAGGCCUGCAGUGGGCUGCAGAGGAGGUCCAGGCACUACCCGCAGAGAGGACAAGGCCCUUGAAGAUGUGCCCCCUGUGCAGGCUGGGUUCCCUGGGCCAGGCCUGGCGGGAGGUGCCGGUGAGAGUCUGGGGCCUGGACCGGCCAGGCUGAGCCCCGGGCCCCACGUCCUGUGCCCUCCUGCGGGCCCAGCCGACUGCCUGCAAGACAUCCUGUUCCAGGCCCUGCAUCAGAGCUGCCUGGAGGACCACCUGAUGGAAUCUGUGCAGGGGUCGGGCCCAGGCUCCCUGGAGGCUCCAGGUCCGGAGCUCCCUGCCGGGGGGCUGUACCUUCCGUGGACUGCAGAGGUGGCCCCGAGCCCGUCACAGGCCCAGGUGACAGGUCCAGCCCCAGAGCCCUGGCCGCUGCCUCUGGAGACGGAGCCCUGCCCCCAGAUGGCGGGGCCCCAGCGCCCACAGCUCCAGCCGCAGGCAGAGCCCAGCCCGGGGGCCCUGCUGGUGACCAUCCUGUACAAGGGCCGCACCAUGCUGCAGGAGCUGGUCGGCGGCCCGAGCUGCGUGCUGCUGUACGGGCCCCCGGACCCCACCCUGUGGGCCGUGGAGCCGGAGCCGCAGCUGGUGGCCUUCCCCAGCCCAGCGGAGCUGCCCGACCAGAAGCAGCUGUGGUACACGGAGAAGCUGCUGCAGCACGUGGCCCCUGGCCUGCAGCUCGAGCUGCGGGGGUCCGAGCUGUGGGCCCGGCGCGGGGGCAAGUGCAAGGUCUACUGGGAACUGGGCGGCCCCCUGGGCUCGGACCAGCCCUCCAGCCCCGCACGCCUGCUGCAGAGGAACAGCGACACCCCCAUCUUCGACUUCGGCACCUUCUUCCGAGAGCUGGUGGAUUUCCGGACUCGCCGGCGCCGGGGCUCCCCACACUACACCAUCUACCUGGGCUUCGGGCAGGACCUGUCGGCCGGGAGGCCCAAGGAGAGGAGCCUGAUCCUGGUGAAGCUGGAGCCCUGGCUGUGCCGGCUGCACCUGGAGGGCGCCCAGCGUGAAGGCGCCUCCUCCCUCAACAGCGGCAGCCUCGACCUCUGCCUGUCCAGCUUCAACAGCCUGCUGGAGGACCUGGAGCGCUUCCUGGUGGAGAAGGGGGAGCUGCCCUAG